AUGUGCUCUCGCUUUGAACAAGUGGAACUUGGUUGGAUCCUUUGGAAAUGUGAACAAGCUGAUCCAAAAAGGACCGUCAAGAAGCAUCGUCGAUCUGCAGCAGGCAAUGAACAACCAUUACCAUCGGAUGUACGACCACCUCAUGUAUUAAGGCGGACACUUGAUUACCUGGUCAAUGAGAUCCUUAUGCAAUACCCUCUCAUCAAAUGCCAUGGCUUCUUAUGGGACCGUACACGCUCCAUCAGACAAGAUUUCACCUUGCAAAACAUCCGUGAUGCGUCAGCUGUCGAACUUCAUGGAAAGAUUGCACGUUUACAUAUCCUCAUUUUACACGAGCUUUGCGAGUAUGAUGAUGAGAAGUUCAGCGAGCAACAAGAAACCGAGCAGCUUCGAAAAGUGCUACUGGGUUUGAUGGAGGUUUAUGAUGAUUUACGAGAGGAUGGCAUUGAGGCGCCCAACGAAGUGGAAUUCCGUGCAGAUUACUUGAUUGCUCAUAUCCGUGAUCAUGAAGCGGCCGCACAAUUACCGCGCCAUCGCCGCAACAAGUUCACCAAUGUGGAAGCAUCUCAAAACAACUAUCCAGAGUUAUUCAAGCUUGUUGGUGAAGGUGACACGCCCUUCUUAUUGGCAUGCAUGGUGGAAUGGCAUUUCUCGGAUAUCAGUAAAGGUGCUCUCAAGGCUAUGAAUCGAGCGCGCAAGUCCGUUCAUAUCGGUGUCGAGGAUGAAUAUCUACGUCAGGUGCUCACUUAUGAUUCUAUCAAGCAACGUGACCCCGCAUCUCAAGCAUCUUCUUUCUACAUGCAAACAAACGGCGUGCACUGCCACCUUGGAUCGAUUCAUUUGGCAAAGCCGGACCUCUACGUUGCCGUUCAUCAGGCAAAAUUAAAUUUCCCAAGGAACUUUGCAGCCUUUGCCAAUUUCAAGCUGCCGGUGACAAUGCUUGUCAACAUCAUAUACUACAAGCUUGAACGGACAGCAACAUUGAUACGCAAGUCCAUCGACAGGAUCGAUGAUCAUGGCCGCAACAAGCUUUACAAGUCCAUCAAUCAGCAAGAAGACACACAAGGUUGA